AUGGCGGAGCUCCCUGAGGCAGGCGGGCGCGGGCACUUCCGCCUCGGUAGCUGUCAUGGCGGAAAGGCGCGGCGCCGCGGGGGCUGUCGUGGUGACGUAGGGUCACGUGCCCGCUUCCCACGGUGCAGUGGGCGGCCGGCGUUGGUUGCCAUGGUGCCGGGAGGAGAGGUGACAAUUGUCCCUGGGCACCUUGUUCAGAAACAGCAGUGGUAUUUGUUGUACUGGUUAAGUGAGGCUCCAGAAUCAGGGUUAUUUAAGAGAACACAGUUUGUGAACCAGGUGAACCGGCAGUUGCUCACAGCUACACACAACUUAGAGCUAGCACUUGCAAGAUCCAAGUCUUCUCCUCCUCAAGAAGAAAAUAUGACUGUAACAGAGGAUUUUAGCAGACUAGAGAACACUUACCAAAUGGAAGCAGAGGUCUGUAUUAUAUUCAGUGAUUUUGGGAAAAUGCAGAAUGUUUGCAACCUUCUCACUGAAAAGCUAGGGAGCUCUGUUGCUAUCAGUGCGCCUCAUUUCUACCACACGCCAGAAGCUGUAGACACCCUUCGCCGUCAAGUAUGUGUUGCUGCUGUUGGAAACACAAGGCGAAAAGCACAAGAGGUCUGUCGAUUGUUUGGCCAGUCAUUGGGAAAACCUCUCUUAAUAAGAGAAGAAGAAACAAAAGAAUGGGGAGGCCACAGAGAUGGUCACCUGCCUGACACUUCACUGACUCUGCAGGAAAGAAUCCAGAAUGCAACUGUUUAUGCUUCUUGUAGAGUAUCUGCUGUAUUUGAGAUAAAGGGAAAGGAAAACAAAAGAAACAAGUUGCUCUAGA